AUGAGAAGAAUCAAGAUACUGUGUGGAGUUGUUGACCUACAAAAUGUAUUUUUCUUUGAAGUAGGCAUUGGGAUCUCAUUCAACAGUAUCCUCUUCCUCUUCCACAUCCUUCAGUUCCUUCUUGAGCGCAGGCUCCGGACCACUGACCUGAUCGUCAGUCUCUUGGCCCUCAUCCACCUUGGGAUGCUGUCAGUCAUGGGAUUCACAGCUGUUGACAUUUUUGCAUCUCAGAAUGUGUGGAAUGACAUCAAGUGCAAAUCCCUUACCCACUUGCACAGGCUUUUGAGGGGUCUCUCUCUUUGUGCUACCUGUCUUCUGAGUGUCCUCCAGGCUAUCACCCUUAGCCCCAGAAACUCCUGUUUGGCAAAGUUCAAAUAUAAAUCCCCACAGCACAGCCUGUGUUCCCUUCUUGUGCUGUGGGCCUUCUAUAUGUCCUGUGGCGCUCACUUCUCCUUCUCCACUGUCGCUGACUACAACUUCUCUUCACUUGGUCUCAUAUUUGUCACUGAAUCCUGCAUUAUUUUACCUAUGGGUUAUAUCACCAGGCACUUAUUUUCCAUACUGAGGAUAUUUCGGGAUGUGUCCUUCAUAGGUCUCAUGGUCCUCUCCAGUGGGUACAUGGUAGCUCUCUUGUGCAGGCACAGGAAGCAGGCCCAGCAUCUUCACAGCACCAGCCUUUCUCCAACGGCAUCCCCAGAGCAAAGGGCCACCAGGACCAUCCUGCUACUCAUGAGCUUCUUUGUGUUGAUGUACUGUUUGGACUGCAUCAUAUCUGCCUCCAGACUUAUAUACAACAGUGGCCCAAUCCGCCACAAUAUUCAGAUGAUGAUCACCAAUAGCUAUGCCGCCCUCAGCCCUUUGCUGUUAAUAGUUACCAAAAAACAAAUUAGUCAGUUUUUAAAGUCCUUAGUAGGAAGGAAAGUAGAUGCUUAA